AUGAAAAACGAAUCCUUCAGUCUUUACACUGAACUAAGCCUGGACCCGUUUAUCAUCCCACCUGGAGGAAAGUAUCCUAUAUUCUUUCUUGGUAUCGUCAUUUAUUUUUUUGGCAUAUUCUGCAAUCUGACGUUGUUGACUUUAAUUAUCAUGCAGAGGAACCUUCACAAGCCCAUGUAUUUCAUCCUGUUUAGUCUUCCCCUCAAUGAUCUGAUAGGCAUCACUGCCAUGCUACCGAAGGUGCUAUCGGACAUUGUGACGGGCACUAACAAGGUUUACUAUCCUCUCUGUGUUGUACAGGGGUUCUUGCUCCACAUGUAUGGUGGUGGGGUUUUGUUUAUCCUUGCAGCGAUGUCCUUCGACCGUUACGUUGCCAUCUGCAUGCCGUUACGUUACAGCUCCCUCAUGACACCCAGAGUUGUGAUCUGUAUUAUCUCUCUGGUUUGGGGUCUUGACUUUGUGCUGAUAGUGUCAUUAUUUUCUUUGCAAACAAGGCUUCCCAGGUGUAAAACUGCUAUCAUGAAUGUUUUCUGUGAUAACCCCUCUCUCCUGAAGCUCACCUGUGGAAACACCGCAGUCAACAACAUCAUAGGGCUGUUUAACACAGCCGUCAUGCAGCUUGUGAGUGUGUCCGUUCAGACGUUUUCUUACGUGAAGAUCCUGAUCACUUGCUUGGUUACGAGGAGGUCUGAGGCGAAGACCAAAGCUAUAAACACGUGUGUGGCGCAGCUGAUCAUAUUCAUCACGUUUGAGAUUGUGGGGACUUUCACCAUUUUAUCGCACAGGUUCAAAAACGUCUCGGCUGACUUGCAGAAGAUAAUGGGCAUGCUAAUAUUUCUGGUGCCCCCACUUCUGAAUCCGAUUGUAUACGGACUGAAUACGAGUGAAAUACGAAACACUCUCCUGAAGGUCUUUAAGAACAAAGUGUCACCCAUUAGAGGUGGUGAUCAUCUCAGUGAAUUAUUGCAGAGAGAAAUAUAUUUGAGUUUCAAGAUGGCCACUUUCAUAUAUCCAGGCCUAAUGAAGAAAUAG